CCACAAGGGUGAAGGAUGCCGCUCUGGGUGUUCUUCCUCAUGGUCCUAACUCUCAGUGGUGGCUGCCACUGCUCCUCACACUCCCCGACCCUCAGGAUGCCACGGUAUGCAGAUGCCAUCUUCACCAACAGCUAUCGGAAGGUGCUGGGCCAGCUCUCUGCCCGCAAGCUGCUCCAGGACAUCAUGAGCAGGCAGCAGGCAGAGAGAAACGAGGAGCAAGGAGCAAAGGUGUGGCUUGGGCGUCAGGAGGACGGCAUGUGGGAAGACCAAAAGCAGAUGGCAUUGGAAAGCAUCCUGGCAGCCCUGUCGCAGAAGCUCAGGAAUUCCCAAGGAUGA